AUGUCGCAGUUGCUGGAUAAAGCGAAGAACUUCGUGACGGAGAAGAUAAACGAUAUGGCGAAGCCUGAGGCGAGUGUGAGCGACGUGGACUUCAAGCGUGUGAGCAAAGAUAGUAUGGAGUACUUGGUUAAGGUCGCUGUUCGUAACCCCUAUUCAACUCCGAUACCCAUCUGUGAGAUCGACUACUCUUUCAAAAGCGCGUCCAGGGAGAUAGCAUCAGGGACAAUUCCAGACCCAGGAUCAUUGAAGGCAAAGGACACAACCAUGGUGGAUGUACCUGUUAAGGUUCCAUACAGCAUAUUGAUGUCCUUAGCAAGGGACAUUGGUGCUGACUGGGACAUAGACUAUCAACUGGAUCUUCGUCUCAUUAUAGACCUUCCUGUCAUUGGCAACUUCACCAUUCCUCUCUCUCAUAAAGGAGAGGUCAAGCUCCCAAGCCUCUCCACCAUGUUUGCCUAG